AUCUUAAGAUUUAUUAUUUACAAAAAAAAAAAAAAAUAGAGUAAAAUUAUAAAUAGGCAUAGUUAACAUCAGUAUUGUCGUCGCCACCCUGGGACUUACACUCUAUCGACCGUAACUUUUAAUUUUAUUUGCAAUCUACUUAUAUUAUCCAUCAUACAUAUGAUAUACUUAAAUCCGUAUAUUCUUGCACACCGCGCAUUUAUUCUUAGCGAGACACUGCGGAGUCAGGAAGUUUCUCUGUGACGUCACAACAGAAUCGACCCUCUGCUCCACACCCCAAAAACUCAAUCACCGAUGUAUACAUAAUACUAAAUAUAUAUACCAAAAGCCAUUGAGUGACGCAAGGAGUAACGACUUCUUAGAACUUGGGUCAGACUUCUUGGCGCUGGAUCCUGACCUUGAAGCUGAUCCUUUUUAAAACUCCAAAAAUCUGGUAAAUAUUUUCAGUAGAAGAAAUAUAAACAAAAUAAUAUUAUAUACGUUCCUGGAUUUUUUGUCUUCGUCUAGCGGUAUUUGCUCCCACCUUAAUACGAUUUAUCCACCCCCACGCCUGGUCGAUACCACCACCAGCACUACGAUCGCUCAGGCCACCCUUACCCUUAUAUUAUGCUGGAAAACGUUUGGCUGAGGUUGAGAAGAGGAUACGUAGACAGUGACCCCACUGUCCAGACAAGGGUGGGAACACACCGUCGCUCUCACUGACACUGACAGUCAGUGGUACAGGAUACACACACACGCGCAUCCAAGUAACUAUUCAUACAAGUAUUAUAUGUACAGUAUUGUAGUAUAGUGCUCCGCUCGUACUCCACCGUCUUCAUAUUUAUAAUACAAUUUAAUAACAAAGCUCUGCUAUUGUUGUAUUAUUGUUAAAAAUUAUUGGUAAAGAUUUUUAUUUUUAAAAUUAAAGCUCGCAAGUGUUUAAAUGAUCCAUUGAGUGAUUUAAAUGCGAAACUGCAAGGAGUAAAAGGAUCAAUUAUUUACCUAGACGCGGCGGAGUCCCUGAUCGAGCUCUCUACUCUGGUGCCUGGGAAUUUUACUCGACACGCCAUGUUGUAGCAACCACGAACGCGCACUCGCGAUUUAAUAUGUUUUUUAAUUGUUAUUAUCAAUGUUACUGUGAAAAAAACUUUUGUUAUCCGAAAGUGAUUAGCUAAUUAAGCUUCAAGCGUCGGGUAAAACUUUUUUUAUUUUAAAAAUUUGCUUGCAGGAUUUUAAUACUCGACUUUGUUAUUGAUAUUGAUAAUUGUCAGUGGGAUCUAUAAUACUCAGGAUUAAGAGUUUUUUUAUUUGUGUGCCGGAUGAUGCAUUGCAAAGUGUGGACUUUUUUAUGUUAUCAAUUUUUAAACUGUCAAUAUUGUUUUUUUUAGUCAAGUACUUUUUUUGUUUGACUUGCAAGCGAUUGCAAUGGUUUGUUUUGUUCGAGAUUUAUUUUGGAGACCAUUUAAUUAAAGUACCAAGAAUUCGUAAAACCUAAAAAAUGAGGACUCCAGGGUCAGAAACGGAGCUGAACCGUACACAUGACAAUUAUGGCUUUGAAUUUCACCUAAAACGUAAAUCAAGAUCUUCUUCAUCGUCACCUAUACCAUCGUCAUCGGGGAUUAUUGUCAAUCCUUUGGCGUUAUCAACUCCCCACAGUGGAAGUCAUAUAUUUACUAAUGGCAUGCUAUGUAUCGAAGAAGGACUUGGAAAGCUGCACAGGAUACCUGUCAACGCGAGUCUGGCAUCCGGAGUGCUAAAGGACGGGCAGUUGACUAAGCCAGAAACAGCACUACACACUCAGUCUGAUGAGAAGUUGGACAAUACCGGUGAGAAUGAAACUAAACCGGAGCUAGAUGACAGUCCAGAGACACCUAGAGCUAGUUUUUUGGAUGGUAUCUUUGGAUGCAUGCGGCCGUUCUGGACUUUUUUGUCAAAAGCUACUGUGGCUGAGAAAAUAAAAGGUUCUUCGGAUGACUGGGAAAUACCAUUUGAAAACAUAAGCGAUCUCCAAUGGCUGGGAUCAGGCGCUCAAGGCGCAGUCUUCAGCGGUAUCCUGAACAAGCAAAUAGUAGCAGUGAAAAAAGUCCGUGAGCCCCGAGAGACUGACAUAAAGCACCUGCGGAAGCUGCACCACCCAAACAUCGUUAAAUUCCGAGGAGUAUGUACGCAAGCGCCUUGCUACUGCAUCAUCAUGGAAUACUGUCCAUACGGACCACUGUACGACUUGCUGCGAGCAGGAGAAUUCAUUCCUCCUCACCGUUUGGUAGCUUGGUCAAAGCAAAUCGCCGCUGGAAUGGCGUACCUGCACGGCCACAACAUAAUCCACCGGGACCUGAAGAGUCCGAACGUGCUGAUAGGCCCCGACGAGUCGGUGAAGAUAAGCGACUUUGGAACGAGUCGACAGUGGAACAACCGCAGCACCAAGAUGACCUUCGCCGGAACAGUUGCGUGGAUGGCGCCCGAGAUAAUCCGCAACGAGCCGUGCUCCGAAAAAGUCGACAUCUGGUCUUACGGCGUUGUUGUCUGGGAGCUGCUCAGUGGCGAGAUUCCGUACAAAGAUGUUGAUUCAUCAGCAAUAAUUUGGGGCGUUGGGAAUAAUUCUCUGCACUUGCCCAUACCUAAAAGCUGGCCUGAAGGGUACCAACUGCUGGUGAAGCUCUGUUGGUCUGAGAAGCCAAAAAAUCGACCUUCGUUCAAGCACAUCGAAGCGCAUCUAGCUAUCGCUGCUAUAGAUGUUCUUGGUACCGAGCCUGACGAGUAUUUCAAGGCCCAGCAGACCUGGAAGAGCGAAAUUAGAUCACACUUGGAAGAAAUGCAGCGAAAUAGCUCCACUGGGUCAAGAUUUGAGACUGAGUUGUCUGAUUUAUUGGAAAAGCGCAACAACGAGUUGAAGCAUGCUCAAGAAAUUCGGGAGUUGUAUGAAAAAAAAUUGGAAAAAACUAACAAUCUUUAUUUACAAAUCAGCACUGCUUGGUCCCAGCUGCAACAGCGCGAGCAAAUUAUUUCGAAAAAAGAAAAGGAGCAUAAAAAGUCAAAGAAUCCGCUGAUGAAAGCCCGAGACCAGUUGAGAAGAAAACGGAAAAGCCCACACCAGAAAUCAAGCUCGACAACACCUACGACUCCGUCUUCCCCGAUGGAGUCUCAGUUGCAAUCUCCUGUCAAAGCGACGCUUUGCACUCAGAUAAAUGUAGCGACCAAUCAGCCGGAAACUGUCGUCGUACCGCCUGUCAGCAAUAACAAUAGUUUUAAGCAGAAGAAAUACCGGCACCGGCGGGUUGGCUCUGGAGGAGUCUCCACGGUCAGUUUGAGAUCUUCACCGCAUCGAGAGAGGAAGAGCGGUGACAUGUCUGUCAAGUAUGUUAAUCAUCAAACGCAAACUGAUAUUACGAGUAUAUCGAUUAGUAACUCGAUAGAUUCUGUGGCCUGCUUCUCCCGCACUCCUAGCUCGAGACAUUCCAAGACGACGCUCAGCUCUCCGUGUGAUAAAUUUUUGGAUCUGCCGGAUGGUAGAACGUCUUUUGAUAGCGGGAUUAUUGGAGAGUGCAGCAAUGGCAAUGUUGGAGAGCCUGAGUGCAUUUUUCAGGAUACGAUCAGAAGAGCUUCUAGUUCGGAAAUUUGUAAUGGUAAUGAAAGGCUGAGGGAAUACAGUGAAGAUCAUCUGGAAACGUUGGGAAGAAAAUUAUCGGAGAUUAUGAAAGAUAAUCGGAUGAUUGACAAUGGCAAUUGUGAUAACGCUAUUAUGCAUAGUUAUAGCCAAAUGCAAGAAGACUUGACAAACUUACCUCACGACUUUGGAAGAAUAACGAUAAAUGGAUCAGUAAAUAAUGAUUAUUUAGAAAUACCUAUUCCAAUUAAUCAAGAGACUGUGUCAGUGGCUGAAGAUGAGAAUGAUAAUAAUAAAUUAAUAAAAUUAAGCAAUGAAGAUGAUGAUUACGACGAUGUGGACGAUGAAGAUGAAGCUUGUGAAGAAGAAUGGUCUGAUGAAGAAGGCGAAGCUUCUGGAAGCUAUGGCUUCGAUUUUUCUCUACGAAGUCGAAGUUUUGGGAGAAAACCAAUUAGGCCAGGAUCCCGUAAAAGAAGACCGAAGCACCCGCUAGUAGACCGGUGCCUCGCGUCAGACGAAGAAAACACAUCCGAGUACUCCCACCCACCGUCGAGUCACACGUCGACUCUCGAGAGUAAUCCAGAUGCUCAACGUGCUUACAAAAAGGCUACUAAUCGCAUUUAAAGAAGCUAAAUAUUUUUUGCUAUUAAUAAUUAGGUGCUCUUAUUUUAAAUUAAGAGCUCGUAGAUUAUUCAGUCAGUCGCCAAACAUUUUUCAUGUUCUAAAGAUGUAUAAUAAUUAUUUUUGUUUAAUUGCAGUUAUGUGUAGACGCUUAAUAUUAUUCACAGUUAACGUAUUCUCGCAUACAAUGCCAAUGAAAACAAGUUUAUUGAGAUUAAGUGAUUUGAUACUGAUUGUCUAUUAAUAAUUAUUAAUUAUUAAUUAUUUAGCGAACUUGGGAUAAAUUUACAUGUACUUGCUAAUGAUAAGUAUUAUUUAAUUAAUUGUAUAUAUAAAGUACUCGAAUUACUAUUAUUAACUUUAUUAUUUAAUUGUAAAUUUAUAAUUAACGUAAUUAAUUAAUUAAUUAUAUUAUUAAUUAGUAAUAAUGUAUAGUUGUAAUUAAUAGAAAAAAAUUGUACUUUGUCUUUACGUAAAAUCAAAUUGUGAAAGUAUAUUUAAGUUAGAAUUUAUUAUUGACAUCAAAAUAAUUUAAUAUUAUUAUUAAUUAAUUUUUGUUUAUUGUCCAGUAAUGAAAUUAAUUGUGACUGAUAGCGUGAGAAAGAUUUAAUGAGAGAAAAAUGUGC